GCCACAAUAGCGCAAAUUUCUUCGUCCCAAUCACACAACAACCGUUUUAUAAUCACCCUGAAUUUUAUUUUCUUAAAAUGAGGGUAGUUUUCCCCCGCACGCCACUGUUUUUUGACAUGUGCCCAGUCGGUAAGUUAGAAAUCGUGAAAAGUGUGGUUAAAUGGUUAAUGGCGGUUAGUGCAAGAAUGGCAUGUCAAUUCAGUAAAGAGGGCAAAUAUUUUGCCCAAAUCACACCCGAAGGCAAGCUAAAAGUGUGGAACACUCUCUCAAAUACCUUCGAACAAGAAUUUACACCGGAUUUUCACCUAACAUCGCCGUGUACAUGUUUACAUUUCAUUAGUUCAGCAAGCAAGCCCGGGUCCCCUCGCAAGAAAAAAAGGAGAGAGUCUUUGAAAGAGUCAAAUGUUUGUAUUGCUUUAGGGACAAGCAAUGGACACCUUUUGGUUUAUUCUUUAGUAAAAGGCGAUUUGGAAUUCACAAUUGAUAGCACAACAAGUCAAUCUAUUAAUUGUUUAUCCUCAAAAAAUGACGAAUUUGUGUACUCGGGUGCUGACACUCAUGUAAUAGUAUGGAAUUUAACAAAACGAAAUGUCAACACUAAGUGGAUUGCUGGUAAUGACAAAAUCUACGCAAUUUUGCUCACACCACUUGGUGAUAAAUUGUUAACUGCCUCAAAAAGUAUCAAACUUUGGGAUGUGGAGUCAAAAGAAGUGUUAAAAACGUUCACAGGACACUCUUCUCCUGUAACAAUGCUUGAAUAUAUUAAUGCAGGAAAUGCGUACGUUGUUAGUGGCUCAAAAGGGGAUCGAUUGUUAAGUUGUUGGAAUUUAAACGAAGAUGGGAAAAAUGCAGUUGCUAGUUUUUUAAUGGAGGAUAUUGUGAAUAAUUUAUCGGUUUUUGUUGAUCAUGAGGGGGCUUCGCAUAUGGCUGCGACGGCUAGGAGUGGGGUUGUGCACGUCUAUCAACACACGUUAAAUGGAAAAAGGUCCAACAAGCCCAUAAAACCUAAAACAACGAUCCAGAUAGUAUCUGAUUCUGGCACUAAAGAUGUGAAUCCAAUUCACAUAACAGCAUCAGCAUAUCGUAGUGCUGACACUCUUUGUAUUUGUUAUGGUAGUUCAAUUGUUCAAACUUUCGAGGAGAUUACAAUUUCGAGUUAUAAGAAAGUUCAGUGCCUUUUAAGAGAAGACAUUUACAAAAAGCCAGUUUGUAACAAAGAAAAUCAAGUUUCAAAAGUUCGUACACCUGUUGUGGGAAAUGAUGUACAUUACUUGACUCAAACUAGCAGUAGUGCUCCUAGUAAAAGGAAAAAUGACGGCCAACAGGAAGUCCCAAUGGAAAAACGCCUGGAAAAUUUGAUGGUAAAUGAAGAAGACAGCAGUUCAAAAGUACCAAAAGCCAACAAUCUGGCACAAUUAUUGAUUCAAGGGUUGCACAGUAAAGACAAAAAUAUUUUACGAACAGUUUUAUUUAAAAAAGACGAACAACUCGUUAAAAACACCAUUAGGAAAAUACCACUGUCUUUAAUAACACCGUUAUUUGAGGAACUUAGUAGAUUAAUACAGGGGAAAACCCUCUCGCGUCAGAUUGGGUUAAUGUGGUUGAAAAAUUUAAUUUUGAUUCAUUCUGGGGUUCUCUUGGCGAAUCCUGAUCUAUCGAGUUUUUUCGGGGAGGCAUUAGGGAGUAUUGAAGCCGGUUUAGCACUUCAAAAUCCAAGAAAUAAAUUAAUGGGGCGUUUGGAGUUGUUAAUCUCGCAGAUAAAUCACAACACGUCUCAACAUGAUGAAGAUAAUGAAGCAGUGCUUGUUUUCAAUGAUAAAGUUUCUAGCGACUCGGAGAAUGAAGCGAUGGAAUUUGAGGCUCAUUCAAGUAGUGAAAAUGAUUGGGAGGAGGAAGAUAGUGAAGAAAAUGAGAAAAUGGAU